UCUUGAUUUGCGUUCAUAUUCUUUCUCCUCAGUUGGACCAGACAUUCCUCAGAUAGACGUGACUCCGUACACUAUGACCAGGCGGGGUUACACAGCUCUGGAGAUGGAGGCUGUUUCCUUGCUGUGUCAGGCCCAGUCCAAUCCAGCCAGUCAGUACGUCUGGUUCUACAACAGCUCCCAGGUCUAUACUGGGCAGAAGUUCACCAUCACCAAGAUCCUCCGUAUGCACACUGGUGACUACACCUGUUUGGCACAGAACACCUACCUCAACACCAGCUCCAAUAACACCAUCAGCCUGACUGUCUACUACCCCCCAGAUGGCUCCCCGUCCUGUUCUGUGGAGCCGGCCCUGAAUCACACCUCUCUGCGGCUGCUGUGUUCCUGGCCUGGUGGAUUCCCCUCACCUUCCCUCCACUGGACUGGAGACCUGAUACAAGAUCAGUUCAACACACCCCAGCAAACAAGUUCAGCCUCCAACACUACCAUCCUCAUCAGCACUGCAAUCUCACUGCCCUCUGGAGGCCCGACUUCUAAUAACAGCUUGUUUACGUGCGUGGGCUCCCAUCCUGCCUUGAAACAGUCGACACAGUGCAGCACACGCACAUAUAUUCCCCCUGCAGAGCCAGUGUGUUUUGUUGACGGGACUAAUGACAAACAGUACUUCAUGAUGUCCUGCUCCUGGGAAGGAGGGUUCCCUAAAGCCUUGGUGUGGUGGGAGGGACCUGCGGGCCAGAGCAGGGGUGGAAAAGAAAACUCCAACAUCCUGAUCCUUCCGUACGGGACAGCUCACAGCGGGAAACCUUACACCUGCUAUGCCAGGCACCCACUUCUGGUUCAAUCCAAGACCUGCAGCCUCACACUGGUGCCUGUCAGUAAGCCUUACAUCCUGAUGAGUAAUACUUCUCCAGUGGAAGGAUCUUCAAUGUGGAUGCGCUGCAGUGUGGAAAAUGGAACGGAACCGAUCCAGUACACCUGGCAUUAUGAAACCUACAAUGGUAACGCCACAACCUUCGCACUGGGCAACAGCAGCAUCAUCAACAUGACCAAUGUCAACCGCAACCACACUGGCUGGUACCGCUGUGUUGCCAGCAACGCCGUCAACAGCGAGAGAUCUGACCGCCUGUGGCUGAACACUCUGUAUAUUCCCCCUGCAGAGCCACUGUGUUUUGCUUAUGUGACUAAUGACAAACAGUAUCUGACGAUGUCCUGCUCCUGGGAGGGAGGGGCCCCGAAAGCUUUGGUGUGGUGGGAGGGCCCCGAAGUCCCCGUCAAUAAGCCUUACAUCCUGAUGAGUGAUACUUCUCCAGUGGAAGGAUCUUCAAUGUGGAUGCGCUGCAAUGUGGAAAAUGGGACUGAACCGAUCCGGUAUGUGUGGCAACGUGAAACCAGCAGUGAAGACGUCACAACAUUUGCACAGGGCAACAACAGCAUCAUCAACGUCACCAACGUCAACCGCAACCACACCGGCUGGUACCUCUGUGUCGCCAGCAACAAUAUCAACAGCCAGACAUCAGAUCGCGUGUGGCUGGACACCAUCUUUGGCCCAGAUGUUCCUCAAAUAGAUGUGACUCCACCUCGUACAGUAAAGCAGGGCUACACAGCUCUGGAGACGGAGGCUGUUUCUUUGCUGUGUCAGGCCCAGUCCAAUCCAGCCAGUCAGUACGUCUGGUUCUACAACAACUCGCAGGUCUACACCGGGCAGAAGUUCACCAUCACCAAGAUCCUCCGUGUGGAUGCUGGCGACUACACCUGUUUGGCACAGAACACCUACCUCAACACGCGCACCAAAAAAACCAUCAGCAUGACCGUCUACUACCCCCCUGAUGGCUCCCCGUCCUGUUCUGUGGAGCCGGCUCUGAAUCACACCUCUCUGCGGCUGCUGUGCUCCUGGCCUGGUGGAUUCCCCUCACCUUCCCUCCACUGGACUGGAGACCUGAUACAAGAUCAGUCCAACACAGCCCAGCUAACAAGUUCAGCCUCCAGCACUACCAUCAUGCUGCCCUCUGGAGGCCUGACUUCUAAUAACAGCUUGUUUACAUGCCUGGGCUCCCAUCCUGCCCUGAAACAGUCGACACAGUGCAGCACACGCACAUAUAUUCCCCCUGCAGAGCCACUGUGUUUUGCUUCUGUGACUAAAGACAAACAAUACUUGAUGCUGUCCUGCUCCUGGGAGGGAGGGGCCCCGAAAGCCUUGGUGUGGUGGGAGGGCCCCGAAGGUCAGAGCAAAGGUGGGGAACAAACCUUCAACAUCCUGAUCCUCCACUAUGGCACAGCUCGCAGUGGGAAACCUUACACCUGCCACGCUAAACACCCACUUCUGGUCGAAACCAAGACCUGCAGACUCACACUGGAGGCGCCAGUGCUGCAGACACAGCGCAGAGUCGUGUCUGUGUACGAGGGGAGCGACGUUCAGCUUACCUGCAGUCUGAGAGACAACUACCUUCCUGUCAAUGAAAUCACCUGGUUUAAUAAUCAGGGUGUCGGUGUGCAAGACACCUCAAAGUACAUGCUUCUGAGAACGUCUGCAUGGGCCAAUCUGACUGUGAAAGACACAGAUGAAACUCAAGACAGCGGCGAGUACAGGUGCUCCACUUCCAACGCAGUGGGAGGAACCGAAAUCAAUAUCACUUUAGUCAUCAAGAAGUACCCCAUGCCACCCAAUGCAACCCUGGUCAGAGUGAUGUACACCAGCCGACAGCGUAAUGAGGUGGAGCUGGAGUGGGUGGUGGAGAAUGAGGAAGCAGGAAGUUGGACAGGUUUCUUCUUGGAGCACCGAUGGUUGUCUGAGCGUCCACGAAGGAAAGGAAGUGGGAAUGACUCUUCAAGUGAGCGGAUGGAGGAGAAAGUUGGUCCCGUAGUCUGGUACCGUAACAUCCUCCAGGAUCCAGCUGUCAGGAUUUAUACAGUGGGGAGCCUGACGCCAACGGUUACCUACCAGUUUCGCAUCAUACCGGUGAACCACCGCACUGUGGGACACCCUUCUACUCCAAAGACACCAGUGGAACCACGCAACAAUUUGUACCCCGCUGUGAUUGGAGCAGCUAUUGGUGGGAUGAUUGCAGCCAUUGUCACUGUUCUGCUGCUCAUGUUCAUCCUCCGUAACUGCACCAUCAAUCCCCGACUCCAUGACUUGCUGUUUGGCUUGCAGCACAGCCAGUCGCAGGAAAACAUCAACUUCCCAGAGGAUUAAGUGUUUGGUGGGUCAGAGGGAGCAACUGGUGGAUCACCCAGUCCAGGAAAGUUGAAUAGACACAUUUAUAGAUUCAUAGUUUCGAGUCCAGAUUAAAUUAUUUUCUAUUUUUAAUUAAUGAAAAAAAAUCCAAUUCAUUAGGUUCUAUUUCAUGGAUUUUGUU